UUAGUUUAGAAAAUAAAUAAAAUAGGAAAGAAAUAAAAAGAGGGAAAUUCCGAUCUGCCUGGGAUUCUCCGAUCGCUCGCAUGGCGUCUUCUACCCAAACCCACAUUCCUCUUGCUCCUGACCCAGGUGGUGAGGUUCGAGAGGAUGAAAGUCUGUUUCCUUCAGUUCCUGUACAUAUCGUGACUCAACCAGGCCAACUACCUGUUGAAUUCUUGGAGCCUUCUCCUGAGAACCAGCUUGUAGUUGGUUUUGAUUGUGAGGGUGUUGAUCUUUGCCGCCAUGGGACUCUUUGUAUUAUGCAGAUCGCCUUUCCAGACGCAAUAUAUUUGGUUGAUGCCAUUGAGGGGGGAGAGGCUUUGAUCAAAGCCUGUAAGCCUGCAAUGGAGUCUAGUUACGUCACUAAAGUUAUUCAUGAUUGUAAACGAGAUAGUGAGGCAUUGUAUUUCCAAUUUGGUAUCAAGUUGCAAAAUGUUGUAGAUACACAGAUUGCAUAUGGGUUGAUCAAGGAGCAGGAAGGACAUCCAAGGGUUCUAGAUGACUACAUAUCAUUUGUUGGUCUCCUUGCUGACCCAUGUUAUUGUGGAUUUUCUUAUGAUGAGAAAGAAGAAGUGCGAGUUCUUAUGAGGCAGGAUCCUAAAUUUUGGAAGUAUAGACCGUUGUCUGACCUGAUGGUCCGUGCUGCUGCAGAUGAUGUUCGGUUUCUUCUUUCCAUAUAUCAUAAGAUGGUAGAGAAAUUGAAUGAAAGGUCUUUAUGGCUUCUUGCAGUCCGCGGUGCACUAUAUUGUCGAUGUUUCUGCAUCAGUGAUAAUGACUAUGCAGAUUGGCCUCCUCUUCCGUUGCCCCCAGAAAAUCUUGUCGCUGAUGGGUCCAUUUCCGAGGAAGAGACUUUGUCUGUUCUUGAUGUUCCCCGGGGUAAAAUGGGGCGUGUCAUUGGAAGAAGAGGAUCUUCUAUUCUCGCAAUAAAGGAAUCAUGCAAUGCUGAAAUACACAUUGGAGGUGACAAGGGUCCCCCCGACAAGGUUUUCAUCAUGGGACCAGUAAAGCAAGUUCGGAAAGCAGAAGCCAUGAUAAGGGGAAGGAUGCUGGAUUUGUGAACUACUACACCACCUAUCAUAUUCUCUCUGUAUCACAUACAUUAUACAAUACCCCGCUUUCAAGUUUGAACCAAACAAACAAAAACAAAAAUCAUUGGGUCGAACGAAGCCUAUUUAUUAUCCAUCAUCCCUCCGUACAUAUAAAUAACGUACUGUUAUUUAACCUUUUAGAGGGGGGAAUAGCCAUUUUGACUU